AUGUUUUCAAGAAGAAAAUUGAGGAGGCUGCUUAGAUCAGAUUCUCAUUCUCAACGGUUUUUGCACAAUGUAAGCCAAGAAUUCUUGAUACACAUAGUCCUUAAAAGACCUGAUUUUCUUCUUUAUGAAGCUCAACUAGCUCAUCUUAUUACGAUAGGGGAGAAAGUGAGGAGAAACUUGACGAGAUUUGUGGUGAUCACAUGGGUGUUCGAGGUGCCGGUUUUGACGACAAGUUACACUGCAAACUUGGCAUCCAUGCUAACAGUAGAGCAACUGCAGUGUAAUAUUAACUACAAUGAUGACUUGAUAAAGAAUGGAGAGUUUGUUGGCUAUCAAACGGGCUCCUUUGUUGGCGAAUUCAUGAAAAACAAUGGCAUUCUUGAAUCCUCACACCUAAAAGACCAUAGCACUCGGGAUCAAUUCCAUGAAGCUCUCUCCAAAGGCAGCAAAAGGGAGGAAUAG